CGCGCGGCGGUAAAACGUCCGAGCGGCAGAAGAAACGACGCGACCUGACGGGAGCUGAUCACGCGAUGAAGCGCCGAAACGCGUCGGUUUGUUGAUCGGGGGUUUCUACGUGGGGUUUCUCCCGCGCGCCGGCGAUUUGAGUUUUGAGUUCGUGAACAAUGUCUGUUGUUUUCGUCCCCAAACGGCAGCGCGGAAAGGCGCAAGUCAACCAGGAGACGAUUCAGAGACUGCUGGAUGAGAACGAUCAGCUGGUGCGAUGCAUCACAGAGUAUCUGCAGAAGGGCCGAGCCACGGAGUGUGUGCAAUACCAGCAGAUCCUGCACCGCAACAUCGUGUAUUUGGGAACCAUAGCCGACGCCAGCACCGAGAUCCAGCCGGAAACACAGACCUCAGACGGCACGCUCACUUAAAUAAUCCCAUUGGCUGAGGAAAGACACUCCAGAUGUCCCCGUCAGCGAACAUUUUCAUGCACAUAAUUUCUUUUUUAGCAGAGUAUGUCCACAGAACGUCUAUUUUCAUAACCAAUGAUUUAGUGUUAAUUUGAUUAGUUUCGGUUGCUAAUAAAUCCUCCAUAUGCAUCCAUUCGACGUUUUUCACCAGUGCUGUUAAACGAUUAAAUCACAUCCGAAACACAAGUUUGUUUACA